CUCAUGCCGAGCCGGCACAUCUGACUAUCGACACAUGGACACACCUCGUGAUUCUAACUCUUUAUCCCUCUUGCUAGUAUAAAUCAUUCCUUCGCCAUCCAGACUCCCUCACGACCAAAUCAAAAAAAAAAAAGAUAAAAAAUAAUAAAAAGAUAAAAAAAUAUGAAAGUCACCAUCCUCUUCCUCGCAACACUCCUCAGCGCCGCCCUCUCGGAGCCCAUCCCCUGGGAGGUAAACGGCAACCGCGGGGUCUACAGGCGUGAGCCGGAGGCCGAAGCCGAGGCAUGGCACCCAAGAGCCGGAGACCCCAUGGCUAUCUGGCAAAAACGCAAUGCAGAGCCCUACCCAGAGGCAGAACCCGAAGCCAUCCCGUGGACUCCAAGACCCGGCCGUGGAGCAUACAGACGCCACGCCAGACCCUGGACCCCAAGGCCUGGCCGCGGUGCAUACAGACGCUCUGCCGAAGCCUGGCAUCCAAGAGCGGGCCCACCAGCCUACACCCUCAGCAAACGUGAUGCGGCGCCAGAGCCAGUUCGCUUUCAGCCGAUUGGCAGCUUUUAUAAGGAAUAAUUUCCUCACACGCCCCCCUCCUCCGACGUGAACAUAGCAAACCAAUCCCUAUCUUUCCCAGAAAAACCUCUCCGAACCCAAACAGAAACCAAUCAACAUCACAAAACAUCACCCUUAUCUAACAAUUUUCAUCAUUACCACCAACACCACCCCAGCGCCGUUCCAGACCCGACAACCAGAAGUGGAUUUUUCGGAAUGAUACUCGACACCAACCCCGCUUUCUUCCUACCGCCCCGGUCAAAUUUUCCUCUUUUUUAAUUCACAAUUUCGUGAUCUCCAUCCACUAUCCUUACCUCCACCCUUACCUUUCUUUGGCACUUACCGUACAUGUAUCGGGAAAUCCGGCAGACCUUGAUGCCUACUGGAUUCUCAUAUCUACUUGUUUAUCUAUUUAUUUAUGCGCUUAUCGAGACGCAAUGAAGGCAAUGGUAGACACUAUACGGGAACUUAUCUAUCCAUGACACCUCUCCAAAAAAAACGAAAAAGAGACGACCAGAACCGAAAACGAUGGAGUGUGGGUUUUUCCUUUUACUCAUUUCAUUUCAUCCCCACUUUUAUUUCAUAUUACUCCCACUCUCACAUCUAUAUUUUAUAUGUACCUUUAUUCCCCUCUCAGGCGGGCUUGGAUCGUCGAAACGGAUUCGACAUUCACCCGCGCCCCGAGGGCUAGUUUCUUACUCUUAUCUAAUCUUCCCUUCUCACCUCUUCCUUGCUUCGCAGGAGGGUCUGGCCCGGACACCCAGACAUCUUCUUGCCCUGCUCUUUUUGUGGAAAAGUGGGACGGACGGACGGACGGACGGGAGCCCGACCUUGAAUGUUUGAAAUCGCAUAUAUUUUUUAAGUACCCUUCCAAACAGGAAGGGUUCUGUACCUAGCUACGUAGCUACUCUUGUAUAGUAGCCUUUUGGUAAUUAGGGUGAUAAAUAAAGAGUUUUUCGCCCUACUCUG